AUGGAUUUUCCUGCAGAAGAAGAGCGUGUGCUCUCUCGGUGGAGGGAGAUUGAUGCAUUUAAGCGCCAAGUUGAACUUUCGGCCGGAAAGCCACGCUAUGGAUUCCUGGACGGUCCUCCAUUUGCUACCGGAACCCCUCAUUACGGACACCUGCUUGCUUCGACAAUCAAGGAUGUGAUUCCCCGUUAUUGGUCUAUGAAGGGAUUCCAUGUGGAGCGCCGCUUUGGUUGGGAUACCCAUGGCGUGCCCAUCGAAUAUGAGAUUGACAAAAAGUUGGGUAUGUCUGGUCUACAGGCGGUUCAAGAGAUCGGAAUCGAGAAGUACAACGAGGAGUGCCGAUCUAUUGUUAUGAGAUACGCGACAGAAUGGCGCCAGACCAUCGAGCGAUUGGGUCGUUGGAUCGAUUUCGAUAAUGACUACAAGACCAUGAACCCGUCAUUCAUGGAAUCAGUCUGGUGGGUUUUCAAGGAGCUCUUCGACAAGGGUCUCGUCUACCGCGGAUACCGUGUCAUGCCUUACUCUACUGCCCUCAACACCCCUCUCAGUAAUUUCGAAGCGCAACAGAACUACAAGGAUGUGCAGGAUCCCGCUGUCGUUGUGACAUUCCCCUUGCGCGAUGACCCAGAGACAUGUCUGCUUGCAUGGACCACUACCCCAUGGACACUUCCUUCGCAUACUGGUCUGUGUGCCAAUCCCAACUUCGAGUACGUUAAGAUCUACGAUGAGGCUACAAAGAAAAACUACAUUCUUCUGGAGGCUCUCCUGCGGACUAUCUACAAGGACCCGAAGAAGGCCAAGUUCAAGAUCGUCGAUCGCAUCAAGGGUUCCGACAUGCUUGGAUGGAAAUAUGAGCCUCUCUUUGAUUACUUCUAUGAAGAAUUCAAGGAUUGUGGCUUCCAGGUGCUGAACGACGAAUAUGUCACCGCCGAGGACGGUGUGGGUAUCGUCCACCAGGCCCCAGCCUUCGGUGAGGAGGAUUACCAAGUCGCUAUGAACCACGGUGUCAUUUCUGAAACCCGCCUUCCCCCCAACCCCGUUGAUGCUCAGGGAUGUUUCACUGCUGAAGUUCGGGACUUCGUGGGCCAAAAUGUCAAGGCGGCUGACAAGGGCAUUAUUAAGCUUCUCAAGGGCAACGGUCGUGUUCUUGUUGACAGCCAGAUUACUCACAGUUAUCCUUUCUGCUGGCGGUCUGACACCCCUCUGAUCUACCGUGCUGUGCCAUCCUGGUUCGUGAAGGUCAAGCCCAUCAUUCCCGAUAUCCUCGAUGGUAUUGAGAAGUCACACUGGGUCCCCUCCAAUGUCAAGGAGCGCAGAUUCGCUAGCUGGAUCCGGAACGCUCAUGACUGGAACAUUUCUCGCAACCGUUUCUGGGGAACGCCGCUGCCAUUGUGGGUUAGUGAUGAUUUCUCGGAAGUCGUUGCUAUCGGUAGCAUCGAACAACUCAAGGAAUUGAGUGGUUAUGAGGGCGAACUCACCGAUAUCCAUCGGGAUAAGGUCGAUCACAUCACUAUUCCUUCAUCUAAAGGCAACGGUGUUUUGAGACGUGUUCCGGAGGUCUUCGAUUGCUGGUUCGAAUCAGGCAGUAUGCCUUUCGCAAGUGUCCACUACCCCUUCGAGGGUGCGGAGGAAUUCGAGGACCGUUUCCCAGCAGACUUCAUUGCCGAGGGUCUUGAUCAAACCCGAGGAUGGUUCUACGUUCUUAGCGUUAUCGGAGUUCAUUUGCGACAGAGACUACCAUACAAGAACGUCGUGGUCAAUGGCAUUGUCCUCGCGGAGAACGGUCUCAAAAUGUCAAAGAGGUUGAAAAAUUACCCCGAUCCAUCGCUUAUUAUGAACUCUUACGGAUCGGAUGCUCUUCGCUUGUACAUGAUCAACAGCCCUGUCGUUCGUGCCGAGCCUCUGAGAUUCAAGGAGAGUGGUGUCAAGGAAAUCGUCAGCAAAGUGCUGCUUCCAUUGUGGAACAGCUACAAGUUCUUCGAGGGCCAGGUGACUCUUUUGAAGAAGACUUCCAACAUUGACUUUGUCUUUGAUCCCACAGCGGAGAGCACUAACACAAACGUCAUGGAUCGUUGGAUCCUUGCAAGCUGCCAGUCACUUCUUCUGUUCAUUAACCAGGAAAUGGCUGCCUACCGUCUGUACACCGUUGUACCGCGACUCCUCGGGUUGAUCGAUAACACCACCAACUGGUACAUUCGUUUCAACCGCAAGAGACUCAAGGGCGAGAAUGGCGUUGAUGACACUUUGCACGCCCUGAACACUCUCUUUGAGAUUCUCUACACCCUGGUCCGAGGCCUUGCUCCCUUCACUCCUUUCAUCACCGACAACAUCUACCAGCGUCUCCUACCCCACAUUCCUGAGUCGCUCCGUGCCGAAGACAGCCGUUGCGUACACUUCCUUCCCUUCCCUGAAGUGCGCCAAGAGCUCUUCGACGAAGUUGUCGAGCGCAGAGUCUCUCGGAUGCAGAACAUCAUUGAACUCGGUCGUAUCUCGCGCGAACGUCGGGCUAUCGGUCUGAAGACCCCCCUGAAGACACUUGUUGUGAUUCACAAUGACCCGCAAUAUCUCGAAGAUGUCAAGUCUCUCGAGUCCUACAUUCUUGAGGAGCUCAAUGUUUUGGAGCUUGUUCUCUCAUCUGACGAGGCCAAAUACCAAGUCGAAUACUCAGUGACUGCUGAUUGGCCUGUGCUAGGAAAGAAGCUCAAGAAGGCUGUUCAAGCGGUUAAGAAGGCUUUGCCUUCUCUGACCAGUGAUGACGUGAAGGGUUAUCUUGCAGACAAGAAAAUCUUGGUUGAUGGCAUCGAACUUGUUGAAGGUGACCUUGUCGUGAAGCGUGGAAUCAAGGAAAACGACAACACUAAGGGCAUGGAGACCAACACCGAUGCUGAUGUGUUGACCAUCCUUGAUGUAAACUUGUACCCCGAGCUGGCUCACCAGGGUCUUGGUCGUGAGAUCAUCAACCGAGUUCAGCGCCUUCGCAAGAAGGCCGGUCUCGUCCCCACCGAUGAUGUGAAGAUGGAAUACACCGUGAUCUCGGAUCCGGACAACAUUGGCCUUGGUGAAGCUUUCAAGUCUCAGGCCCAAGCCUUUGAGAAGGUUCUCCGCCGGCCAGUCGAGGUGAGCGAUUUCAGUGGCGACAAGCUGCCUACCGGAGAUGAAGAAGGCACCAUCUCUCAGGAAGAGCAGGAGGUGCAAAAUGCUACUUUCCUGUUGCGCCUUCUCAAGCUCUAG